AUGGCUGGGUCGUUCCUGUCUGUGGGUGCCUACGCCACUUCAUUCCUACCCGUGGCAGCUCUUAACAUGAAGGCCCUGGGCAUUCAGCAGGCAUUCCCUGUGUCGAGGAAGGAGGCCUCUGAGGGGUCAUGCACGGGGACAUUUGGGCGGGUGCACCUGGUGAAGGAGAAGACGGCCAAGAACUUCUUUGCACUCAAGGUCAUGAGCAUUCCCGACGUCAUCCGCCUGAAGCAGGAGCAGCACGUGCACAACGAGAAGUCGGUUCUCAAGGAAGUCAGCCACCCGUUCCUGGUCAGGCUGUUCUGGACCUGGCACGAUGAGCGCUUCCUCUACAUGCUGAUGGAGUUUGUGCCGGGCGGUGAGCUCUUCAGCUAUCUGCGGAACCGGGGUCGCUUCGCCGCCACCACUGGGCUCUUCUACUCCGCGGAGAUCAUCUGCGCCAUUGAGUACCUGCACUCGAAGGAAAUUGUCUACAGGGACUUGAAGCCAGAGAACAUACUGCUGGAUAGAGACGGCCACAUCAAGCUCACAGACUUCGGGUUUGCCAAGAAGCUGGUGGACAGGACAUGGACCCUCUGUGGAACGCCUGAGUACCUGGCCCCUGAAGUCAUCCAGAGCAAAGGCCACGGAAGAGCCGUGGACUGGUGGGCCCUUGGCAUCCUGAUAUUUGAGAUGCUUUCGGGGUUUCCACCGUUUUUUGAUGACAACCCAUUUGGCAUUUAUCAGAAAAUUCUUGCAGGCAAAAUAGAUUUCCCCAGACACUUGGAUUUCAAUGUGAAAGACCUCAUUAAGAAAUUGCUUGUUGUUGACAGAACACGGCGUCUGGGAAACAUGAAGAACGGCGCAAACGAUGUGAAACGACAUCGGUGGUUCCGCUCCGUGGACUGGGAAGCUGUCUCACAGCGAAAACUGAAGCCCCCCAUUGUGCCCAAGGUAUCGAGCGAUGGAGAUACCUCCAACUUUGAAAGUUAUCCUGAGAGUGACUGGGACACCAUCCCUCCUGUGCCGCAGAAAGACUUAGAAAUCUUCAAGAAUUUCUGAGGACAGGAACUCGCAUCUGGAAGCCAUUCCAGUUAUGUGACAUGGAAAGCUCAUUGGUUCACGAAAGCCAUUCCAAGCAGACACCAAAUCUCACAACUAUUGCUGA